AUGGAUGAUUUUGAAUAUUUAGGAUAUAAAACCAAUUUAAUAACCUAUGGAAUCAACGAUGAACAUAAAAAAGUGAUUGAUGAAUUUGUUUCGAGAUCAUCAAUACAAAGACUACACAAUCUUUUGUUUUUCAGUAGAAAUUCAGUUGCAUGUUUCUCUGUCGUUCCAAAUGAAAUCUUUGAUGAAAAGCGAUGCAAGAGUCUAACGCGGUACCUUUGUCAAUCUCCGAACGAAUCACACGACCUUCCCCACAAAAAAGUUUAUGAUCUACUCAAACCUCGUUCUGACAUCGACUCUGGAACAAAGAACUUUUUUCAUACAACUUGUCGAAAGAAGUUAAAGUUGAUUGAAAUUAAAAAAUUUAAAAUUCCAAAAUUGGAUGCCCUACAAAAGAUAUAUUCUGAAACUCUAGAGGAAAUGAUGGAGAAAACAUUCAAGAGUUCAAAGAGAAAGAGUGAAUCACAAGGAUCUAGAAAGAAUUCAAUUGAUAAAGAUAAAGAUAAAGAUAAAGAUCAAGAUAAAGAUCAAGAUAAAGAGAAUGGACAACAUAUAAAUAACAAUAUCAAUCACAAUGAUGAUUAUCAACUACAAUCACAACUACAAUCACAACCAAAUCCUUUUAAUAAAGUAACAACAGCACCUAUUAUUAUUAAUCAACACUAUGAUGUUGACAACAGCAACAUUCAAUCAAGGAUUUCAAGUGGAACACGCACACCUUCAUCGUCAGUCACAACUUCUCCACUAAUAUCAUCAUCAUCAUCAUCAGCUGCUCAACCAUCUCAAUCACAAUCAUUAUCAUUAUCAUCAUCAUCACCAACUUUAUCUAAAUCAUUACUCUUUCCAUCAUUACCACCUAGUAUGAAACCACAUCCGCCUUUAUCAAAAUUACCAUCUACUACUAGACCAUCAUCAUCACAACCAUCGACAAAAUCACAACCAACAACAAUAUCAACUACAUCGACAUCAUCGUCAUCAUCAACUAUAUCAACUAUAUCAACAACUACAAGUGGUAUUGUACAUUCACAAUUAAAAUCAAAUGGUUUAAUAGUCAAAACAGAUCUAGUUAAUCUACAUAGCGAAGAUGAUGAAGUUGUUCAAUCAAAAGCACAGACCGAGCAGAAAUCAAUCUUAUCUAUAGCAGGAAUUCUCAAUAUAAUCAUUUAUUUAUUAUUUAUCUUCAUUUGA